GAAAGCGUUGCACCAGUCCACAGCCAUAGGCUUCCUUCUGUAAGGAAAAUGGCAAAAGGCAAAAGAAAUCAUAAGGGUAAGAAAGUCACCCUGAAAGCAGCCAAGAAUUCCAUUCGCAUCACAUUUGAUGGUAAAAGAAGACUGGAUCUUUCUAAGAUGGCAAUUGCUUCUAUGCCCAAAUGCCUAUUGAAACUCUGUGAUAUAGAAGAGCUGGACCUAAGUAGGAAUUUUAUACGAAAGAUUCCUGAUUGGAUACAACGUUUUCAGAAUCUACGAUGGCUUGAUCUACACAGCAAUCAGAUAGAAAAACUUCCAGAGUCCAUAGGUCAACUACAAAACCUCCUAUAUCUUAAUGUUUGCAACAACAAACUGACCGCAAAUGGUAUCCCAAUAGAACUAAGUCAUCUCAAGAACUUGCGUCAACUUAACCUUGGACUUAACAGCAUUGAUGUUCUGCCAACUACAUUAGGGAAUCUGAAAGAGCUCAAGGAAGUAUGCCUCUUUGAUAAUCAUCUUACUUCAGUUCCUCCUGGCAUACUUAAGCUGCCGAAACUGAAGAAAAUUAACACCAAGAGAAACCCUAUCCAGAAUACAGAAGAAAAAACUGAGGAAGAGCAACAGGAAACUAUUGAAAGGGUUAAAUGUCUUCAUCUUGUGAAUGAGAAGGAUCUGUGUAGUCCUUGUCUGGCAAAGUACCAGAUGGAUAAAAGUAAGCUGAAGAAGCUGAAAGAUCUUAUGGCUUCUGCAAUGAAAAAUCCUUUCUCCAGUAAUCAUGUUUCUCCUAACUCUACAGCCAAGGAGACAAUGGUAAAUGUAGGUGAAUGA